AUGGCAAUCCCGGUAGAAACCGGCGGAUUACAAGAUGCGCUCAACACAGUGGCAGUCGUGCCGUUCGACAUCGACCAACCCAGAGCGACGGGUCGCGGCGCUGCUCCCUCAGGUUCUUCACUCGCCGCUGCAGCAUCCAAUUUGAUCAAUGCCAUCGCUCAAGGAUCUACAGACGCCGGUGCGCUGCAACAGGACCGUCAAGAUAAUCGCUCGGAUGACGGGAGCGAUCUAGGCUCGAGCUCAUUCACGUAUACCGCUGCUACGAGCGUUUCCGCCAAUGGCGAGCAUCACGGCUGGUUCGCUUCGACCCCUUAUCACAUUUCGAAUCGAUACUAUGACGCAGACAUCACCCUGAAAGCUACAAAGGAUGCGCUGACAUCCUCUAGCCGAGAAGAGACGCCGAGCGCAAGCUCCGUCCUGUCACAAGCGUACCCGGCGUACAUCGUCGUCGUCGAUCGAAGCCGCAGCCUGGAGCAUCAUCGUCGUUUAGCGGCAACCCUGGAUUCACGAAUAGCCUCUGGAUUCGACGCAGAUAUCAGCAUCGUUGCAGGAGUAUCGCUGAUCUCUUCAUCGCAUCCGCAGCUUGUCACUGCUCUGGACGACGAACCCUCCUCCUCGCAUCGUAGUUCCUCGCAGGGCUCUACAGCUGCCAAGACGAGCGACCUAGUGUCGCUGUACGCCGAUCACGGAUGGGAGUUCAUCGCGAUUGACGAACUCGAUGCGGAUGAUAUGGAUAAUGGGCGGGAGCCAGGCGAUGAGGAUGAUGAUGACAGGUUCAGCGAUGAAGAUCGGGAGGACGACAAGGAUGGCAUUGAGCGUAUACGGGAGGCGCUCAUGAAUCAUAUGUGGAACGGCCUAGUGCGGAAGGACCAGGCGUCGUCGUUAUCGCGUGGCAAUCCGUCACUUCUCAGCAGCGCGGAUCUCGUUGCGAAGGAUGGUCUAUAUCAGAGCUUUUCAGACACAAGGCCCGCCGAGUCUGCGGACGACGAGACGGAGCAAGACAACGAGAAUGGGGUCUCUAAGAGAGAGUCCGAAACAGCGUCGUCGCGUCCGCGGCUGACGAAUGCCGAAGAUGCCUCCGACAUGAAUGGCACCUUUCCAACACUAGGACUGGAUCGACACGUGGAAGCGAGCAAUCUCGACGAACAGCUCGCGAAACUCUUUCUCUCGACGCAAAACGGCGACAGACCGGGAGACUUUGCAGAGCUAGAAGCCUUCCUCGAGUCAGAAGAUCCGUCCUGGCCAGGGCCUCCAGCUCACUCAUCUAACGAUCCAACACAGACCUUUGACGAUGACUUUGACGACUUCCUCCCGUUCCAAUCAGCGCCCUCGAUCGCCACUCCACCAGCACCUCAACACGACAGCCUCGAUGCAGAGGAAGACCUCCCAUCGAUGGACGACGUAUCACAGAUGCAGUCGCCGCUGUUCGGAGCCAAUGCAGCAGCUCAUCUAGAGGGUGGACCGUUGGGAAUGGGAAGCCAACCGAGUGGUGCUGCGGACGGGGAUCUGGCUUCGCAACUCCAACAGCUGCAAUGGCAUGCUCAACGCGUGCGGAACAUUCCCGACGCUGAUCAGAGGAGGAAAGAAGCAGCACUGGUAGCGCUCGCGUUCAGUAUGCAGUGGUCCAACGCUGACGAUGAACAGGGUGGAGCCGACGCUGGUGGCAUGACGUUCUAA